AUGUCGUCUCCCCCUCCUGGCGACCCGGCUGCCUCCCUGCCGUUCAUCAGCUCCUCCGUGACGGCGGCCGGUGAUGCGGACCUUGUCCCUGUGUCGGCGGGCCCGGACAGCGCGACCGGCUCCCCGGCCAGCGACGCCGCCGCCGCCGCCGCCGCCGCCGCCGCCGACACCUCGAUGGAUAUUGCCCAUGGGCUAGAUGUCGUCGAUGGGGAAAGUGUAGGACAGCCGUCUGGCCAGGCCGCGACCCCUGCCGUGCCAUCGUCCUUUCUCCUGGCCAACCCCCAGCCCGACAUCAACACGCCGAUCGUGGUGCGCUUCCACAGCAGCAUCAGCGACCAUCGCCGGCACCUGAUCCAGGAUUUCCUGUCGGACCUGCUCCUGAAACACGACCUCUCCCGCGCACUGGAGUACAUCUUCAGCCCGCGCAAUCCCACCUACCAUGCGAUGGUUUACCGUUCGCCGAAGGUGCGCCCGGACCCGGCCGCCGAGCCACCAGCGGAGGCCCCGGCCGCCGGGCCUGCUGCCGGUGAGCCCUCGACCGCGGGCUCAACAGACGCCGCCGCCCCAGCUGCGGCGGGCGCCGCAAUGGAGAGCACCGACUCCGCUCCCGUGGCUGCCCCUGCCUCCGGCCCCGGUCCCGCUGCCAAGAAGGUCCCCGAAAUCGAGUCCAUCCAGCUGGAUGCGCUGCUGCACCAUGAGCAGAUCGCCUCCCUGCGCGUGGCGCACUUGUCGGCAUUGGCCCUUUGCCUGCGGCGGCUGGCGUCCGUGCGGCUGAUCACGGAGGAGGCCCUCCUCCGGGCGGCCGACCCGCUGCGCGAUGCGGACCUGGUUUUCGACUCGCGGCCGGUCCGGGCCACCGACCGGGUGGUGUGGCUCGGCCGGUCCAAGAAUGGCAAUCCCCUGCGGCUGAUCACCAAUCCCACCGACCUGGAGGCGGUGAAGGCCCGGCUGGCGGCCACUGCCCCGGGCGCCGAGCCCAGCUCCGGGUCCGGCUCGGUCGGCUACAUGUCCUUCCCGUCGCCCUUCCCCCGGCGCUUUGAGCGGGCCCUGGCCUCGGUGACCACCUUUUCGAUUGAUGGCCCGGGGCCGCGGUCCGGCGGCGGCGGCGGCGGCGGCGGCCGGGGGUCCCGCUCCGGGGCCGGCAACCCUCCGGCCAUGGAUGACUUGCUGUCCUUCGUCAUCGACACGACCCCGACCACGCACAGCAUUGCCCUCUCGCAUUCGCACAGCCAGGCCCUGCUGGCGCCCAGUUCCGAGGGGGGGGCCCUCGAGUCGGACCCCUCGCUGGGGCAGGUGGCCGACCCGCGGCACACGGCCGCCGCGCUGGUGGCCCGCGGCGCGUCUUCCUGGCUGAUCCCCGACUACGACCGGGGCACCAAUUGCAUCUUCCCGAUUGACUCGGAGGCGCGUGGGUCCUGGCUGGUGGACAAGUCCCGGCGGUGCUUCAAUUGCUCCUCCAAGGGCCACAUCACGGCCAACUGCCCGCCGGAGUUCCCGUACGAUGAGCGGACUGUGCGCCGGAACCAGGCAGCCUUCCGUGAGCUGUUGGACCAGAGCAAUGCCCCGGGCAAGGUCCGCUUCCGCGGCCGACUGCAUGCGGACCUUAAGGACAUUCGCGACGACGAGAUUGUCCCAUUCGUGCCGUCGGCCCAGCGCAUCAUCGAGGAGGGCGAGACCGACGACUUCGAUGCUGACACCAUCUUCCUCGACAUUGGCGACGACGAGACGGACGCCGGCGAUGCCAACGCGGCGAUCACCCCGGCCGAGGACCCGACUCGUGGUCGGCUGGGCGGCGGUGCUUCACGGUCCCGGCGGCGAUCCUCCUCACCGCGGGAGCCGUCUCGGCGUGGGCGCGGUGGCCGUGAUCGCGAGCGUGACCGUGAUCGCGAGCGUGACCGUGAUCGCGAGCGCGACCGUGACCGCGACCGCGAGCGCGACCGUGACUGGGACCGCGAUCGCCACCAUCACCACCAUCACCACCACCACCAUUCCCACCGUGAUGCGCCGGGCUCCGAGUGGGAGCCCUCCCAUCGGGGGGACUUCCACCGGGCCCGGGACCGCGGGCGUGACGCCUAUGGCCCGCCGUCGGGUGGACGUGACGCGUACGGGCCCCCUGCGGGCGGGCGCGGACGCGAUGGCUAUGGCUACGAUGCGUAUGGGCAGGACGGCGGCAGCCGCUACGGCCCGCCGGCUGGCUCGCGCCCGGAUGGCGGGUGGUCCGAGCCAUAUGGCGGCCGGGGGGGCGACUGGCGGUCGGACCCCUCCUCCGGCGGCCCUGGCGACUGGGGGUACUCGCAUGGCGCCGGUGGCGGCCGUGGCUCAUGGGGGUCUGCCCAGCCGCAGCUCCCGCCGGCGCACUACCCCGCGUCCAGUGGCGAUGGACGCUGGCCACGGGCCAACGUGGAUGCCGACUGGGCGUCCCCCCCGGGGGCCGGUUCCCCGCCGGUGGGUGGACUGCAGGUGGUGCCCUCGCUGCCCCCGGUGGGCGGGCUGCAAUUGCCAUCGGUGCCGCUGGCCCCGCCGGCGGCGGCGGCGGGAGCUGACGCGCGCCGGCGCGACCACUAUCAAGCCCCCGCCUACGAUGCAUCGGUCCAUGGCGGCCAGUACUGA